UGAUCUGAUUACAACAGUCGAAGUUUGAAAUCGCUACAUUUUUUGUUUUCAGUUGAUUUUCAUCAACUUUUGUGCGGGGGCGAUGUGUGUUUGAUUCUAUAAAGGGUUCAAUCGGUAUAAUUAUUACACAAUGGCCAAAGAAAAGCGACACAAGAGACGGGAAUCUCCGGAGCGGGAGCCUAAAGUUAGGAUAAAGCAGGAGAAAGUGAGCCCUGUUAGGCCACAGAGAUCACGCCGCUCCAGGUCGAGAUCCGGUGGCAACUCAAGUCCACAAAGGAGAAGAACAAGCAGGUCCCCUGCCAGGACAAAGGACCGCUCACCGGGCAGAAACGAGACAUCUCCCGCCAGACGAGGAAGCAGAUCUCCCAGAAACAGGAGAAGUCGCAGUCCCCAUCGUGGUACCGAUGUCAAAAUAAAGCGGGAUCGGGAUGAGCACCGGGCUAGUGGUGAUGAGCGGAGGAGAAGAAACGACCAGCCAGAGGAGAGGCGGAGCAGGUGGGAAUCAGACAGACCACGGGAGAGAGACUAUGGUGGAGACAGACACAGAGAACGAGACGCUCUUGCCUCCCAACAAGCUGAGCGUCAGCGACACAAUGAGCGGCGCAGGGAAAACCACCGGCAGCGCGAAGAGAACCAAGAACGUGAUUUUGGACAGUCUGAAGGAGGGAGCAGUGACAGAAACACUCCUCCCGUUGAGAAGGAGAAGCCCAACUUUGAACUGUCAGGGGCGCUCACAGAAGAUACCAACACAUUCCGUGGGGUGGUGAUCAAAUACAACGAGCCACCUGAGGCUCGCAUUCCCAAACGCAGAUGGCGACUCUAUCCUUUCAAGAAUGAUGAACCUCUUCCUGUCAUGUACAUUCACAGACAGAGUGCCUAUUUGUUGGGGCGGCAGAGGAAAAUUGCUGAUAUCCCCAUUGACCAUCCAUCCUGCUCCAAGCAACAUGCGGUAUUCCAGUAUAGACUGGUGGAGUUUACGCGUGCAGACGGAACUUCUGGCCGCAGGGUAAGGCCUUACAUCAUUGACUUGGGUUCUGGAAAUGGCACCUACUUGAACAACCAGCGUAUCGAACCCCAGCGCUAUUAUGAGCUCAAAGAAAAAGAUGUUCUGAAGUUUGGCUUCAGCAGCCGUGAGUACGUUCUCCUGCACGAGUUCUCAGACACAAGUGAGGUGGACACCAAACAGGAAGAGGAAGAUGAGGGCCUCGAUGAGUAAAUCGUUCCCAUAAACUGUGUUGCCUAAGUUCAUUCAGGUUAGAUAACAUCAUUAUCAAUGUUCAACAAAUAGUGGUUUUCUGCAGGGAACAGAACAAUUAAACUGGUAAAUGUGGGACAAGGCUGGUUUGUGUUUUCUGUAAUUGCUAAACUUUUGCUUAAACCUGCCACAACUGUCUCAAAGAAGACUUCCUAUUCUCAGGUUGUUUGUGCAAUGUCUGUGUGAUGCAUGACUGAUCUUUCAUCUGACAGUGCUCACAAAAAAAAAGUGCUCAGUGCAAAGUAAGGAUAUCUUGCUAAAUACAAUAGUUAAUUUUAUAUUUUUGGAUCACAGCACUGAGUACAAAGUAUACCUGAAGACUAAUCUCUUGUCUAAGUCCAGGCUCUAUCUGUCAAUGUACAUGAUAAUGUGGAAUGUGAACUUUAGAUUCAUGUUUAAUAAGCAUUGCUUUUUGUCAGAGUAAACAUACAUACAUAUGACAUUUUUGCUUUGUAGUGCAGGGAAAAUAGGUGAUGCUGGUGUAUUUAAAGACUCCCUCUUUUAUUUUUGUCUGUUCUGAGGCCCACAGCAUUCAUAGUAAAUUUCCAUUUUUGUACUGUAAAUAAAGAAGAAAAUUUC